UUCCACAGGGUCUGCCUCCAUGCUGAGAUGUGUGCUAGCGACCUGUCCGAUAGGCUGAGCUUGCUCUCUUUACCAUGUAACUGCAAAAAGAAGAAUGCAUUAUUCCUCCACUAGUCCACCUGUGGCUCCAGGGGAGCCUAGCGUCACCCUGCACCCCACGCCCAAGGUGCUGACCCUGUCAGCGGGUAAAAGAGUCAUGGAGAAUUCCUCCGCAAAACUCAACAGCUCGCUAGAGUUCCUGACUCUAUCGGAAUACAUAACGCCUUCAACUGUUUGGCAGGACCCUGAUCAGGGCCUGAACUUGUCCCUUCAGGUGUUCUUCUGCCUGGUCAUCAUCUGUGUGCUGCUGCUGGCCUUUCUCGGAAACAUGGUGGUCUGCCUCAUGGUUUACCAGAGAGCCGCUAUGCGUUCCGCUAUUAACAUCUUGCUGGCCAGUCUCGCCUUUGCUGAUAUGAUGCUAGCAGUCCUCAACAUGCCCUUUGCGCUAGUCACCAUGUUGACCACACACUGGAUCUUCGGAGAGGCGUUUUGCCGCAUGUCGGCUAUGUUCUUCUGGAUGUUCCUGAUGGAGGGAGUAGCUAUUUUGAUGAUCAUCAGCGUGGACCGCUUCCUAAUCAUCGUGCAAAAGCAGGACAAGCUUAGUCCACGCCGGGCCAAAGUGUUAAUUGCGGUCUCAUGGUCUCUAUCCUUCUGCUUUUCUUUCCCGCUUUCCAUUGGCCAUCCUGCCCUGUACAUUCCCCCCAGAGCACCACAGUGUGUUUUCGGCUACACGGUGGAGCGUGGUUACCAUGCUUACGUGAUGCUCAUUAUGCUGAUGUUCUUCUUUGUUCCAUUCCUGGUGAUGCUGUACACGUUCAUGGGCAUCUUGAGUACUCUUCGCCACAACACGCUGCGCAUCCACUCCCACCCCGACUCGGUGUGCCUCAACCAGGCCAGCAAGCUGGGUCUGAUGAGUCUGCAGAGGCCCUUUCAGAUGAAUGUUGACAUGAGCUUCAAAACGCGUGCCUUCACCACGAUCCUCAUUCUGUUCUCAGUCUUCACCGCAUGCUGGGCUCCGUUCGCCACCUACAGCCUGCUGUCCACCUUCAGUCGUGCGUUCUACUACCGGCAGAACUUUUUUGAGAUCAGCACGUGGCUGCUGUGGACCUGCUACCUCAAAUCAGCCCUGAAUCCUCUCAUCUACUACUGGCGAAUCAAGAAGUUCCGUGACGCCUGCCUUGUUCCGUGA